AUGUCUCUCCCGCACUCAGAGCUGCUCCUGCCUGCGCUGAACAAAGAUAAUUACUCAGGAAACGCUUCGGCCAAUCGGAUGCGGCCUUACAUCCCGCCUGUGAGAAAGGGGCCAGUCAGGGCCUGGCUACCAUCAGACAGGCCUGAUCGCCUUGCCUGAAGAACGGAGCCUUCCCCGGCUGAGAGUGUCCUCCAUGUUUUAUAAGUGUUGCCAUAACAGUGUGUCAGGCAGCCAUGCAUCCACAGAGGUAAGCCCUGUCUCUUUAUCUCAACUCUAAUUACAACAUUCCUUCCUCCUUCUCUGUUGUGUGACUGUUGCUGUGCAAAUCUGAAUGUGAAUACCUGAAAAUCACAGAUUGCUUUCCCAAAGGAGUGGGGGGAGGGGGCUUUGGGGGCGGGGGAGGCCUUGCAAGGCCCCUGUACCACAGAGCGCUUAGGUGGGGGUUGGGUUAGGACUCUUCCCUCUGCACACACUCUCUCUCUCUCUCUCUCUCUCUCUCUCUCUCUCGCUCUCUCUCUCUGUGUGUGUGGCAGGCUCACAUGUGUUCCCCAGACAUCCAGGCUGCCAUGCAGUGGACUGCAGAGUGGACCAUGGCAUGGGGGGGGGGGGGAGGGGUGUUAUGUAUCUUUUGUAAGCAGAUUGCCUUCUUGUUGUGAUCUAGUGUGUCACGCCAGGCCAGAGAGAAUGGACGUGGGGGAAACAGAUGUGCCAGUUAGACUGACCGGGGGGGGGGGGGGGGGGGGGGGGGGGGGGGGGGGGGGUCUCCAGGGAGACGCUGAUAGCUAACUCAACACUGGUUGCUUACAGUAAGAAGUGUGUGGUGGACAAAAUUAAUACUUUCUGCGGAUAUGAAAGAUAAUUCUUCACCAAUUGACGUGAAUACGAACAAAGCAGUGACUGCCUGCCUCAUGAGGCUAAAUUCCUUUCCAGUCUAGCCUCACCCUCAUCAGAACUGAAACCGAGUCCUCAGAGUUCAUUCAUCGUUCCCAACCAAAAAUGGAGGGUCUGAGGGAAAUUCGUAAAUUUCAUUCUUCCUCUACACAUUAGUAGCCCUGUCUAGGCUAGUUGUUUUGAAGCUCAUGGAAUAUGGAUCUCAAUUUACGGCCAAAGGCCUCCAGUUUACAGGCCAGUGCUACGUUGACUCUGUAGCACUCAUCCUCGUAAAGCUGCUUCUUCUGCACUGUGCGCCUCAAACAGCAGCCAUUUGUGUUAGAAACUGAGUGUCCCUCUGGGUAAUGCUCUGCUCGUGUCAUUACAAAUCAAACUGCCACCCAGAGAAACACUACAUUUUUAGUGUGUUGAUUCCGUGUAUUUUGUGUGCGUGAUGGUUUGUUUGACUUCAGCUCGACUCAUAUUUGUCUGCAUUUGUGUGCUUGUUUUCUCUUCCCCCCCUUGGCACCGCUCGGGCCUCUCACCUAUUUAUAGCUGUAGAGACAAAAACACCAUUGAUCUGCUGCUUCAUUUAAAUGCCUGGUUUGACGUUUCUGAAAUACUUGCGUCAGGAUAAUCAUAUCCCCUUUUCUAUGUAGGUUAGAGAAACUGCAUAUCUGGCUCUCAUUUCACAAGAAUCCUUUUUGGUAGCAUUUUAUUUUACAGUACUGUUUCCACUGGUGUUUAAUAGGACAUUACUUUAUGGUUCUUAAUUGAAAUAAUUCAUCACAAUUAAUAACUAGCCCCCUCCCUACCUGUUUCCAAAUAGUGCCUAGCAGUAAAUUAUUACAUUAAUCAAAAAGUAAUUAAUAGGUUCUAAUUGUGUAAUUAGUUACCAUGGCACGGCAAAUCUUAAAAUGCACAUUUAAGUUUGAUGGAAUACAUAGGGCUACAAUACUAGAAUAAUUAAUGUUUUUCCAUGUACAAUUAUGAGAAAAAGCCUAACUUUGGUGUGAAAUCUAUAUUAGAUUUUCUUCGUUCCUCACUCUCAACCACCUUGGUUUGGCUCUACACAAAGCAUGUUCUAAUUACAGUAUGUGAAUGGCACAUCAACCACCAUUACGUUAGCGUCCUCUUUUACUGUGGUUUAUGAAAAUACACUCUCAUGGACAAAACCAAAGCCAAAAGUGAUCCAAUACCUUUGGAAAAAAGUAAUUGACAUAAUUUUGAACAAUCAUUAGGUGAGCUUCGAGAUGUGUAUAAAUUCAUGUUGUGCCAGUGGUAGGCCUAAUGUUAGUAAUCUGGUGACAGGUUAUCUUUAGGCAAUCGUCUGGGGUUAGCUAAGGCAGCAUUGCUCGUAAAUUGGACACCAGGCUUUUAAAGGGUCUGCUUGUGAUUUACUGCCUCCCAACCACAAAGAACAACUCAAACCCUCUUCUAAAACCUCUACCCAUUCGCUCAGUAGCAAUCAAAACAGACAGACAACCUUUUAAACCGAGGGGAAAUUACACAGUUUUAAUGCAUAGGGAAUCUCUGCAUUGCAGCAGAAAAGGUUUUUAAGGAAGAAAGAAGCCUGCGCACAGCGAGCUGUGUGGCAUACCACAGCCGACCAAUCCGGUCCCGCCCUGCAGACCCUCCAGCCAAUUAAAGCAGCAGCUGAGGUUAAAGAUUGACAAUCACAGUGAGAGAGGCAACAGAGAGAGAGCAGGGGCCUUCUGGAAAAUUCCACAGCCAUCUUUGUUUUAUCUCCUCCAGCCCAGUGUAAAAAUCAGGCUGAAGGAUUUUCUUACAUAUUCUUUGGUAUAAAACAAGGUAUGCUACUACGUUUGAAUUAUCUCUGAUGAAGAAGAUGUUAUUUGGUGGCAAAAAAAAAAUUGGACAAAAAUUCAUCAUGUGUAUAAUGAAUCUUGUCUUUUUGCAGUGAUUAUAGUAUGAAACGCAGGCAAAAGCCUGGAACCUAUUUCUAUGAGACUGUGCCUAAAACUAGUGGUUUCGUAUUGACUUGAGCGAACGGUAAAUGUAAUCUUGAUGGUGUUGUUUGUGCGUUGUUAUGUACCUCAGAGUCAGUCUUCUCUCUGGAGGUCAGGGGCCGCAGGGUGACGAGGGCACCAGGUUGUUUCUCCAUCAACAAUACUGAUCCUCAGUGGAUUCAAGGACACCAACACAAAGCAUACAACGAAACAACCCUGUUUUCAUGGCACCAAUUACAGAGCAGGAACCCAGACCCUCUCUCUGUACGAGACACCACUGUGUUGCAUGAGACCGAGAAACAGUGUAUUCUCCCCAGGGAUAGAUCAAAAGUUUGCCAGAUGUCUUUAUUCUCAUAGUCAGACUAUCUCUCUUUCUCUCUGUCUCUUUCUUAUUAUUAAGCCUAAUUAUUAUUUGACAGCAGUGGGCACAGUAAAGGUGAAACUGAAGACGGGGUUACAAUGGAUAACUGAUUUCCAAUUAGCUGGAUUUCUCCUUUCUCUCUCUCUCUCUCGUCUAUGUCUCCCUCCCGCUGUACUCGGUAGCGACGGUGGUUUGGCUUAACUGUGUUUUGGUGUUUGGAUGUUGAACUGUAAUCUCCACGGAUCUCCUGGUCCUCGUGUAUGUGUGUGUGGAUGUGCCAGUGCCUGUGACUGGAGCCUCGGUCGGCAUGGGGGAGAGGGGGGAGGGGAGCCGGCUGUGGCCUCCAUUUUCUGUGACGAGAGAACCCUGCUCUGCCUGUGCUCGCCUGUUUCUCUGAGGAGCCAGUGGAAUCUCAAGGCACAGAUUCAAUGUGUGUGUUUUCUUCUUCUAUCAGGCAUUCCUCCUUGGGUGUUGUUUGUCAAUGUUAUCCUCAAUUUUGCUCGUCUGGAAUAUUCACAGAUCCUGAAGAUUUUUUUGCUAUCUGUUCUUCUGUGAUUCUGCCAGGUUUCUGGAAUUCUGCUCCUGGUCUGAAAUGCCCUCUGGAAGAACAUAGGAUGACCAGUUGCGAGAGAGAAUAUCUGCUUAGGUAGACGCUACAGGGAUCAGGUGGUUAUUGUGUCACUCUGGCUGCUCGGUGGGCCUAUUUUUGAGUGAAUAACGAGUGUGAACCUUGGCUCACUGCUGGGUUGCAUGGUUACAGUGCUCAGUCCUCUCGCAGUGCUCUCGCUGGUAGGACACGUAGCACAGAGAGUUGGCUAACAUUUGCUCUCUUUCAUGUGGGCCUCGUUCGUUUUUUCGUUCUCUGUGUUUCUGGAACAGGAAGGCCCUGAAGGGCAGCGUGUUUAAACAAGACAAGACUCAUAUGCUGGAUACUUUUGAUUUGUCUUCCAUUUGUAUCUUCUUGAUCUUCUCUCAUUAUCCAGAUGGCAUUAUGGGUGAUUUCAUGCCUCAGUCUUUUUGAUAAUGGUGAUUAAGCCUAGUGAUCAUUAAUUGAGACUUGGACGUGGUGACAGGGUUGUUAAGCAUUACAUUAGGUUUAUGAAUUAUCAAUGUCAUGGACUUGGUUUGAUGAGCAGGACGUCAAGGUUUACAGUGCGUGUUAAUGAGGGUGGCUUUAUUGGCUUAGUAGAUUUAGUUAAUGGCCUUUCACAGUGGUAGUCAUGCUUGGGUGCAUCAAUGGCUGCCCUCAGCUCUGGCUCUGGAGCAUUGUGCCUCUCUACUUUUAUUACUCUGUCCUUUUGUCUUUCAGAUCAAUGACCAUGAUGGAUGUGGAUUCUGAAGAGUAGAUAAACUCUAAUCUUAUCCAAAUCUUUGUCUGCGAUGUUCCUCUGAGAACAUCUAGAACAUUCCCACUUGUCCACUUCUUGAACCUUUUUUUUCUAUCGAUCUAGUGCUGGAUAUUAGCCUAUUAGGCUACCUGUACCUAGACGUUCUCCUAUCAGGAGCCACCAGGGCAGGGCUAGGGGUCUGGUUCAGCGUGUGACCUGUGGUGGAUCCUGAGGAAGAUUUUCUUUAAGCAGACAAUGAAUAGGAACGAGGCCCUCAGUGGCCCUGACAAAGGAGGCGGUGAACUUUCAAAGAACCACAUUCAUCACCAAGGAUCCCCCAUUUUCUUCUCCUUUUUCUUCCUGAGAGGAAAUUAGAGGAGAGCAAAACCAAAAGCUGCAGGCUUUGAUUUCUGUAAAUGGAAGAGGCUCUAAUUUGAAUUUUUGCACAAUAUUGUUUGUUAUUGAUAUGAUUUGCUGUGGAAAUCUGAUUAUUAUUUGGGCUGUUCAGAACAUGAUGUUUAGGCUAGGCAACAGACCUAUGUAACAGGUAAAAACCUGUAGCUAGCUAGUCAGACCAAGGUUGACUCUGUAGAGCUUACUGAAGUGAUCUGGUGCAGUGGGUUUCUAUACUGAACAAAAAUAUAAACUCAACAUGUAAAGUGUUGGUCCCAUGUUUCAUGAGCUGAAAUAAAAGAUCCCAGAGAUGUUCCAUACAAACAAAACGCUUAUUUCUCUCAAAUGUUGUGCACAAAUGUGUUUACAUCCCUGUUAGUGAGCAUUUCUCCUUUGUCAAGAUAAUCCAUCCACCUGACAGGUGUGGCAUAUCAAGAAUCUGAUUAAACAGCAUGAUCAUUACACAGGUGCACCUUGUGCUGGGGACACUAAAAGGCCACUCUAAAAUGUGCAGUUUUGUCACACAACACAAUGCCACUGAUGUCUCAAUGCUGACUGCAGGAAUGUCCACCAGAACUGUUGCCAGAGAAUUUAAUGUUCAUUUCUCUACCAUAAGCCGCCUCCAACGUUGUUUUAGAGAAUUUGGCAGUACGUCCAACUGACUUCACAAUCCCAGACCAUGUGUAACCACGCCAGCCCUGGACCUCCACAACCGGCUUCUUUACCUACGGGAUCAUCUGAGACGAGCCACCCAGACAGCUGAUGAAACUGAGGAGUAUUUCUGUAUGUAAUAAAGCCCUUUUGUGGGGAAAAACUCAUUCUGAUUGGCUGGGCUUGGCUCCCCAGUGGGAGGGCCUGGCUCCCAAGUGAGUGGGCCUAUGCCCUCCCAGACCCACCCAUAGCUGCGCCCCUGCUCAGUCAUGUGAAAUCCAUAGAUUAGGGCCCAAUGAAUUUAUUUAAAUUGACUGAGUUCCUUAUAUCAACUGUAACUCAGUAAAAUUGUUGAAAUUGUUGCAUGUUGCGUUUAUAUUUUUGUUCAGAAUAGGCUAAACAGCCAAUUGUGAGAGCUGGGGUUUGAGUGGCUACCAAAAAGCACCGUCUCUUUACACUCUCUCAUCCAUGACUGUCUGAGGCAAUCUUCUGUGAGUCAACGUCCAUUUUGAAGGUGAAAACCCUUUUGUGACGUAGCCUACGCAUUUGUUGAAGUUUUUUUGUAGUCAUUGAAAACCCAAAAAUGUGUUUAAGGCAUUGCUCUUUUGAAUGAGCUUGCAUUGAACAGAAAGAGCUUCUUGACUGUAGGUAGGUGAGCAAAGUGGGAUGCAAACAAACUCGUCAAUGUAUGGCCCUCAUCAGGUUUGAAGCCCUUGUCUCUCCAUUGUGUCCUGGAGGACAGGAGCACACAGCCUACUCUGUUGGAUGGCCUUAUUUGUUGUGCUGAAGCACAAGUUGUGCCCAGCUGAAUAAAGAGGACCUGUUGCCAUGGAGAUUCUCUCCAGUUGGCACCCCAUGGAACACAAACACCCAACGCCUGAAGUUUAUCUGACUGUGAUUACCAAUGAUUAUAGACAUGGAUAGGAAGACAUGAUUACACAAUAAUAAUAAUAAAAAACAAUUGUCAUUUAGCAGACUCUCUUAUCCAGAAGACUUACAAUUAGUGAUCAUGAAUGAUCAUAAAGGCCAUGGUUCUGAGGUCCAAGUCAAUUCUGUGCCACAUCGGUUGCACCUUAGAUUUGGUAACAUUAGUAACCUAUUGAUGUUUCUCAAUAACGCCGGCAAGAGGUAACCACAAUGGAAACCUGCUGAAACUCUGGUGACUUUGUCCCCUGGGACCCUGCCUUAGGUGGUGUUCCACUUGUUUACUGUGUGACAGGAUUUGUUUCGUGAACACUGUGACUGACUCUCUCCUCCUUUCUGUGUGCCCUCAUUCUGUGCUGUGCAGUCUGGCUGAGGACGAGGUAAAGACGGAGUCGGAUGUGGUAGAGGGGAUGGAUGUGUCCAUGCGAUCCAAAGGUAAGAGCAGGGCCUUGCAUACUAAGACAAACGUUAUUGUGUUUUGAGAAGACAGCUUAUUCUAGUGUUCUUCUUCUAGUGUUUAUCUUACCGUUAAACAUACUUGUUGUUUGUUGUGGAUCUCAUGGAGCUACACAGAGCAACCAUUGUGCCAUUGAGUUAAAAUCGUAUCACCACUACCUCUGAGGUUGUAGCAUGGGUUCAGCCUCACCAUCACGUGCUGUGGAUGUUAGCCUAAGUCACCAUUUAGAAGGCAUCCUUCACACGUGGUCACUAUCACAGGGCCCGACCACACUUAUCUUGAAAUGUGGUUGGCAUGCCAAAGAAGACGUUAACUUAUCAUAUGAAAUUCGUUGCCAGAUUGGGAAACCAAGCGGUAGGGUUUGGUGACCAAAAUCUCUUAUCUGGUUGGAUUCAGUAGCCCUGGGCAACCACCACGUAUUAAGUCUCUCAAUGAAGGGGUUCUGCUAACAAAAAGAAUGCUUGAGGAUUUACACUGCCUUUGACCUUGAAUGACUCCAACCCCCCCCCCCCCCCCCCCCCAUCUGAGUGGUACUGAAGAAGAUGGCGCCUAUCAUUGUGUAGAGUGGCCUGGGACUGGGAGUGUCUCUGCCUCUCUAGCCUUUCUUGCCAGGGAUCUAGUCUCUGUCCUAUAGAUUCCUAUAAGCAGCUACUCUCUGUGUUGUAUGUAUGGUUACCUGGUGUCCCCUCUGCUCCGGCCACUAGUGUCUGACCCCGGGUCAGCAGAGCGGGUGCUGGCAGCUCAGAAGAGGAAGGUGUCCAGCCCCACCCACUCCUCCAACGGCCACUACCCCUCAGACACCUCCCCCAGCCCCCUGAAGAAGAAGAAGAAACCUGGGGCGGUCCACAGCAACAACAAAGACCAGGUAGGGGGGGAGUGUGUAGUUUGUGACUGUGCGCUUGUGUAAGUGUGUGUGUGUGUGUGUGUGUGUGCGCGUGUGUGUAUGUGCACCUGUGCAUGACUGAUUGUGCCCCCAGGUUUAAAUGAAAGACUCUGCUGCAUGUUCUGUGGUCGGAUGCAUUUGUUCAUAUCCCAAAAAUGUAUGUUUGUCUACCAUGUAUUGAUGAUUGAAUAUUAAAAUGAUUUAUCUGUCUGAUGAUUGAUAAUGAUAACUGUUUAUAGAGUGGAAUACCUUAAAAUUACUUUUCUAAACUGCCUUUUUUGAAAAGAGUAGAUAUGCCUGCCAAAUGUGUUUCCAUUUUUGUGUUGUGAAUGCUUUGUUUUACAUGUAUGACAAGAUUCAACCCCAAGCCAAAACCUUUGAAUUCAGUUCCACUGACAAAUGAACAUGUCACAUGUUCUGAACAGUCACAUAGACAUGUGCUGACUUGUAUUGUGUCUUGUUCACUGAUUGGCUGAUGUGGGUUGAUGCGGUGUCAAGCAUGAUACCCAACACAAAACUGGUUAUUGGUCCACCAGGGAAAGUCACCAUUGAAAUUGCACAUUGCAAGUCUGACAACAUAAAAAAAUGACAAUAACACAAACUUCCGGUUUAGAUAAAGAACUACUAUCUUAUAGGCCUACAUUGAUGUUGACUAGACCAACUAAAACAGUCUUGUGUUUGGUGCCUGCCUUAUUUUGCCUUACAUGUUGCUUAUUACCCUGCCUUACUUGCCACUUUGUGAUUCUCUGUGUGUUCUGUUGCACUGCACCUUUUGUGUUUUGUUUUCUGCGUGUGUUUUGAAACCCGCCCCCUGUUUCUCUUGCCUGCAUUUCAGUCAGAACUAAGACAUGGUCCCUUUUACUAUGUGAAGCAGUCAUCACUCACCACAGACCCUGUUGAUGUUGUCCCGCAGGACAGCAGGAAUGACUUCUACUGCUGGCUGUGCCACCGUGAGGGCCAGGUGCUCUGCUGUGAGCUCUGCCCGAGGGUGUACCACGCCAAGUGCCUCAAACUGCCAGCAGAGCCCGAGGGCGACUGGUUCUGUCCAGAGUGUGAGGUACUCACUCGUGUGUGCCGUGCGUGUAGGUGUAUAUACGUGUGCAAGCGGUGUGGGAGUGUUCCAGGCACAUUCUCGCUUAACCACAAUGUCCGCUUGCUCUUUGGGGUGUCAGGCGAUGGGGUUGGAGGCAGGCUUGGGGUCAAUUCCAAUUGGACUCUGCAUUAUAGUAAAAAAAAUAAAAAAAUAAACAUAUUAUCCUAUAAUAAUGGUACUAAACAUUGUACUUUCUAAUUAUUGAAUUUAAAUGGAAUGGACCCCAGACUAGUACCACAGUCUCCUAUAGAUUAUGACAUACUGUAGAUGCAUAGUUAAUAGCCAGCCCAGCAGGCCUACUGUGAGUGGUUGUGUUUACCCAGUCCCUGUCUUUGGUAUGGUAGCCCUGUUUUGGUUUUACCAGCUACUAUUUGCCAUUGUUACAUUGUCCUGACUUUGUCGUUUUUCCAGAAAAUCACAGUAGCAGAGUGCAUAGAGACACAGAGCAAGGCCAUGACUAUGCUAACGAUAGAACAGCUGUCCUACCUGCUGAAGUUUGCCCUUCAGAAGAUGAAACAGCCGGGGGUAAGUUAGUGAAAGUCUCUCUGAUGCCCUCUAGGUGCCCACUGUGGGCUAGAGAUGGGGCUAUCGCUUCUGUUGUUUACGAGACUUGAACUAACACCUGUUUCUUCCGUGGGCAGACUGAGGCCUUCUGGAAGCCUGUGGCUCUGGAGCAGCACCCUGACUAUGCUGAGUACAUAUUCCACCCAAUGGACCUCGCAACACUAGAGAAGGUACCAUUGCAUUCACAUUUCAGUCAUUUAGCAGAUGUUCCUAUCCAUUCCAGACUUGGAGCCCUCUAAUAGCAAGGCAAUGAUGAGCUUUUUGAGUCUAUAAGUCAUGGUCUACAGACUAUACAGUGCCUUCAGAAAGUAUUCACACCCAUUGACUUUUUCCAUAUUUUAUUGUGUUGCCUGAAUUUAAAAUUGAUUACGUUUAGAUUUUGUGUCACUGGCCUACACAAAAUACCCCAUAUUGUCAAAGUGUAAUUAUGUUUUUAGAAAUGUUUACUAAUUAAUAAAAAAAGAAAAGCUAUUAUGUUUUGAGUCUAAGUAUUCCACCCAUUUGGUAUGGCAAGCCUAAAUACACUGAACAAAAUAUAAACGCAACAUGCAACAAUUUCAAAGAUUUUUCUGAGUUACAGUUUACAUAAGGAAAUCAGUCAAUUGAAAUAAAUUCAUUAGGCCCUAAUCUAUGGGUUUCACAUGACUGGGAAUACAGAUAUGCAUACAUUGGUCACAGAUACCUUAAAAAAAAAAAAGGUAGGGUCGUGGAUCAGAAAACCAGUCAGUGUCUGGUGUGACCAUCAUUUGCCUCACGCAGCGCAACACAUCUCCUUCCCAUAGAGUUGAUCAGGCUGUUGAUUGUGGCCUGUGGAAUGUUGUCCCACUCCUCUUCAAUGGCUGUGCAAAGUUGAUGGAUAUUGGCGGGAACUGGAACACGCUGUCGUACACGUCGAUCCAGAGCAUCCCAAACAUGCUCAAUGGAUAACAUGUCUGGUGUGUAUGCAGGCCAUGGAAGAAAUGGGACAUUUUCAGCUUCCAGGAAUUGUGUACAGAUCCUUGCGACAUGGGGCCAUGCAUUAUCGUGCUGAAACAUGAGGUGAUGGCGUCAGAUGAAUGGCACGAUAAUGGGCCUCAGGAUCUCAUCACGGUAUCUCUGUGCAUUCAAAUUGCCAUCGAUAAAAUGCAAUUGUGUUCAUUGUCCUGUAGCUUAUGCCUGCCCAUACCAUAACCCCACCGCCACCACGGGGCACUCGCUGUCUGCCAUCUGCCCGGUACAGUUGAAACCGGGAUUCAUCCGUGAAGAGCACACUUUUCCAGCGUGCCAGUGGCCAUCGAAGGUGAGUAUUUGCUCACUGAAGUCGGUUACGAAGCCGAACUGCAGUCAGGUCAAGACCCUGGUGAGGAUGACAAGUACGCAGAUAAGCUUCCCUGAGAUGGUUUCUGACAGUUUGUGCAGAAAUUAUUCGGUUGUGCAAACCCACAGUGUUAUCAGCUGUCCGGGUGACUCGUCUCAGACCAUCCCGAAGGUGAAGAAGCCGGAUGUGGAGGUCUUGAGCUUGUGUGGUUACACAUGCUCUGCGGUUGUGAGGCCGGUUGGACGUACUGCCAAAUUCUCUAAAACAAAUUUGGAGGCGGCUUAUGGUAGAGAAAUUAACAUUAAAUUCUCUGGCAACAGCUCUGGUGGACAUUCCUGCAGUCAGCAUGCCAAUUGCACGCUCCCUCAAAACUUGAGACAUCUGUGGCAUUGUGUGUUUUGACAAAACUGUGCAUUUUAGUGGCCUUUUAUUGUCCCAGCACAAGGUGCACCUGUGUAAUGAUCAUGCUGUUUAAUCAUCUUUUUGAUAUGCCACACCUGUCAGGUGUAUAGAUUAUCUUGACAAAGGAGAAAUGCUCACUGACUGGGAUCUAUACAAAUUUGGGCACAGAAUUUGAGAGAAAUAAGCCUUUUGUGCGUAUUGAACAUUUCUGGGAUCUUUUAUUUCAGCACAUGAAACAUGGGACCAACACUUUACAUGUUGCAUUUAUAUUUUUGUUCAGUAUAAGUUCAGGAGUAAAAAUGUGCUUAACAAGUUGCAUGGACUCACUCUGUGUGCAAUAAUAGUUUUUAAAUGACUACGUCAUCUCUGUACCCCACACAUACAGUUUCAAACACUGAUUCAACCACAUUACAUUUACAUUAACGUCAUUUAGCAGACGCUCUUAUCCAGAGUGACUUACAAAUUGGUGCAUUCACCUUAUAGCCAGUGGGAUAACCACUUUACAAUAUGUUUUUUUUUUUUUGGUGGGGUAAGGGGGGGUAGAAGGAUUACUUUAUCCUAUCCCAGGUAUUCCUUAAAGAGGUGGGGUUUCAAGUGUCUCUGGAAGGUGGUGAGUGACUCCGCUGUCCUGGCGUCGUGAGGGAGCUUGUUCCACCAUUGGGGUGCCAGAGCAGCGAACAGUUUUGACUGGGCUGAGCGGGAACUGUGCUUCCGCAGAGGUAGGGGGGCCAGCAGGCCAGAGGUGGAUGAACGCAAUGCCCUCGUUUGGGUGUAGGGACUGAUCAGAGCCUGAAGGUACGGAGGUGCCGUUCCCUCGCACUUCAUUAGGCACACAUGGAUUUGUAGGCAAUGAGUUUCUGGAAUGAAUUGGAUGUGUUGCAAAGGAACAGGGAGAACUUACAUGUUGCAUAACUAAAGUUGGGAAAGUGUGACAACAAGUGGCUGGGACAUCUGGAUGAAGUUUAAUGGUUAAUCUUGACCCACAGGAAGGCCCAACACAAACACGAGUUCAAGUAAUCAGACGGACCGAGACUACAAGUGCCUGAUUCAAGCCAGUGGAGUACCACUUGAAUAGGUUUUUUCGGUGCGUCUGAAGUGGGUGGUAGAGGAACCUACGAUCGGCACCGCCUUGAUGUAGGGGAAUCAAGGGUUUGGAGGGGUACCGCUCGGCUUUGAACUCUUGGAGAGGACCAAGCAGCGACGUUUGAACCGGUGAUGGGACGGAUCUGGAAGGGGCAGUCCUCACCGGGGGAAGAGCAUGCCCGUUUGGCGGUAGGAUGUCAGCUGAGGUGGAGGUCCGUCCUCACAGCUCGUAGGCAAGCACCAUGGUCUUGUAGCAGAUGCGAGCUUCAACUGGAAGCCAGUGGAGUGUGCGGAGGAGCGGGGUGACAUGAGAGAACUUGGUGUAUAGCGAGAAUAGGAGAGGGCCUAGAACUGAGCCCUGGGGGACACCAGUGGUGAGAGCACGUGGUGCGGAGACAGAUUCUCUCCACGGCACUUGGUAGGAGCGACCGGUCAGGUAGGACGCAAUCCAAGAGUGAGCCGCGCUGGAGAUGCCCAGCUCGGAGAGGGUGGAGAGGAGGAUCUGAUGGUUCACAGUAUCAAAGGCAGCAGACAGGUCUAGAAGGACAAGAGCAGAGGAGAGAGAGUUAGUUUUAGCAGCGCGGAGAGCCUCCGUGACACAGAGAAGAGCAGUCUCAGUUGAAUGACCAGUCUUGAAACCUGACUGGUUUGGAUCAAGAAGGUAAUUCUGAGAGAGAUAGCAAGAGAGUUGGCUAAAAACGGCACACUCAAGAGUUUUUGAGAGAAAAGAAAGAAGGGAUACUGGUCUGUAGUUGUUGACAUCAGAGGGAUCGAGUGUUGGUUUUUUGAGAAGGGGUGCAACUCUUGCUCUCUUGAAGACGGAAGGGACAUAGCCAGCGGUCAAGGAUGAGUUGAUGAGCGAGGUGAGGUAAGGGAGAAGGUCACCGGAGAUGGUCUGGAGAAGAGAGGAGGGGAUAGGGUCAAGCGGGCAGGUUGUUGGGCGGCCGGCCGUCACAAGUCGCAAGAUUUCAUCUGGAGAGAGAGGGUAGAAAGAAGUCAAAGCAUGGGGUAGGGCAGUGUGAGCAGGACCAGCAGUGUCAUUUGACUUAACAAACGAGGAUCGGAUGUCGUCAACCUUCUUUUCAAAAUGGUUGACGAAGUCAUCCACAGAGAGGGAGGAGGAGGAGGGGGGGAUUCAGCAGGGAGGAGAAGGUGGCAAAGAGGUUUCUAGGGUUAGAGGCAGAUGCUUGGAAUUUAGAGUGGUAGAAAGUGGCUUUAGCAGCAGAAACAGAGGAAGGAAAUGUAGAGAGGAGGGAGUGAAAAGAUGCCAGGUCCGCAGGGAGUCUAGUUUUCCUCCAUAUCCGCUCGGCUGCCCGGAGCCCUGUUCUGUGAGCUCGCAAUGAGUCGUCAAGCCACGGAGCAGGAGGGGAGGACCGAGCCGGCCCGGGAGGAUAGGGGACAUAGAGAGUCAAAGGAUGUAGAAAGGGAGGAGAGGAGGGUUGAGGAGGCAGAAUCAGGAGAUUGGAGGGAGAAGGAUUUAGCAGAGGGAAGAGAUGAUAGGAUGGAAGAGGAGAGAGUAGCGGGAGAGAGCGAGCGAAGGUUGCGACGGCGCAUUACCAUCUGAGUAGGGGCAGAGUGAGUAGUGUUGGAGGAGAGCGAGAGAGAAAAGGAUACAAAGUAGUGGUCGGAGACAUGGAGGGGAGUUGCAGUGAGAUUAGUAGAAGAACAGCAUCUAGUAAAGAUGAGGUCAAGCGUAUUGCCUGCCUUGUGAGUAGGGGGGGGGGGGGGGGGUGAGGUCAAAAGAGGAGAGGAGUGGAAAGAAGGAGGCAGAGAGAAAUGAGUCAAAGGUAGAUGUAGGGAGGUUGAAGUCACCCAGAACUGUGAGGGGUGAGCCAUCCUCAGGAAAGGAACAACAAAGACCAAGGAGGUUUUCCAAUGCCUCGCAAAGAAGGGCACCACCGAUUUGGUAGAUGGGUAAAAAUAAAAAAGCAGAUUGAAUAUCCCUUUGAGCUUGGUGAAGUUAUUAAUUACACUUUGGAUGGUGUAUCAAUACACCCAGUCACUACAAAGAUACAGGCGUACUUCCUAACUCAGUUGCCGGAGAGGAAGGAAACCGCUCAGGGAUUUCACCAUGAGGCCAAUGCUGACUUUAAAACAGUUACAGUAGGGCUGGGUGAUAUGGCCUAAAACUCAUAUCUCUCUCUUUUUUUUUUACUUAUGGGCGAUUUCACGAUAUACAGUCCAGUCAAAAGUUUGGACACACCUACUCAUUCCAGGGUUUUUCUUUAUUUUUACUAUUUUCUACAUUGUAGAAUAAUAGUGAAGACAUCAAAACUAUGAAAUAACACAUAUGGAAUCAUGUAGUAACCAAAAGAGUGUUAAACAGAUUCAUCAAAGUAGCCACCCUUUGCCUUGAUGACAGCUUUGCACACUCUUGGCAUUCACUCAACCAGGUCAUCACCUGGAAUGCAUUUCAAUUAACAGGUGUGCCUUGUUAAAAGUUAAUUUGUGGAAUUUCUUUCCUCCUUAAUGCAUUUGAGCCAAUCAGUUGUAUUGUGACAAGGUAGAGGUGGUAUACAGAAGAUAGCCCUAUUUGGUAAAAGACCAAGUCCAUAUUAUGGCAAGAACAAAUAAGCAAAGAGAAUCGACAGUCCAUCAUUACUUUAAGACAUGAAGGUCAGUCAAUCAGGAAGAUUUCAAGAACUUGGAACGUGCAGUCGCAAAAAUCACAAAGCGCUAUGAUGAAACGGGCUCUCAUGAGGACCGCCACAGGAAAGGAAGACCCAGAGUUACCUCUGCUGCAGAGGAUAAGUUCAUUAGAGUUACCAGCCUCAAAAAUUGCAGCCCAAAUGAGUGCUUCACAGAGUUCAAGUAACAGACACAUCUCAACAUCAACUGUUCAGAGGAGACUGCGCGAAUCAGGCCUUCAUGGUCGAAUUGCUGCAAAGAAACCACUACUAAAGGACACCAAUAAGAAGAAGAGACUUGCUUGGGCCAAGGAACACGAGCAAUGGACAUUAGACGGGUGGUAAUCUGUCCUUUGGUCUGAUGAGUCCAAAUUUGAGAUUUUUGGUUCCAACCGCUGUGUCUUUGUGAGACGCAGAGUAGGUGAACGGAUGAUCUCUGCAUGUGUGGUUCCCACCAUGAAGCAUGGAGGAGGAGGUGUGGGGGUGCUUUGCUGGUGACACUGUCUGUGAUUUAUUUAGAAUUCAAGGCACACUUAACCAGCAUGGCUACCACUGCAUUCUGCAGCGAUACGCCAUCCCAUCUGGUUUGCGCUUAGUGGGACUAUCAUUUGUUUUUGAACAGGACAAGGACCCAAAACACACCUCCAGGCUGUGUAAGGGCUAUUGGGAUGGUUUGGGAUGAGUUGGACCGCAGAGUGAAGGAAAAGCAGCCAACAAGUGCUCAGCAUAUGUGGGAACUCCUUCAAGACUGUUGGAAAAGCAUUCCAGGUGACUACCUCAUGAAGCUGGUUGAGAGAAUGCCAAGAGAGUGCAAAGCUGUCAUCAAGGCAAAGGGUGGCUGCUUUGAAGAAUGUAAAAUAGAACAUAUAUUGUUGUUUAACACAUUUUUCGUUACUACAUGAUUCCAUAUGUGUUAUUUCAUAGUUUUGAUGUCUUCACUAUUAUUCUACAAUGUAGAAAAUAGUAAAAAUAAAUGAAAACCCUUGAAUGAGUGGGUGUGUCCAAACUUUUCACUGGUACUGUAUAUCUAGAUUGUUUCAUUUUUCUCUCUCUAAAUAAGCUUUGUUGUACAAUUAAAGGUCCAAUUUCAAACAGUCAAAAAUAAUCUAACGAAUUCAUAGCUUGUGAAAUUAUACCUAGGCUGAAUAUAUGCCUUCCACUAAUAAUUGUAUUAUUUUAUCAAAAUAGUUUUACCAGCUUUUUUUUUGCAAUAAUCACUGAUCUGGCUUUCAGGUCUGUCAAUACAAAUUUAACCAGAACUAUGCAUAAUGCACAUUCACUAAUAAUGUAGCAGGCAUUAUGGAAAAUGAACACUCGUCUCAUAAACAAUCUCUCAAGCACAAGCCUGCGUGCUAGGGAGUAGCCAGCUAAUCUUUAUAUUUCAAGUUUAUCCAACUUGGAUCUAGGUAUAAUUUCACAAACUCUGAAUUCAGCUAACAAGGAAAAACAGUUGAAUUGUUAUGAACACAACCUUCUGUCCGUCUCCAACUGUUUGAACAGCAUGCUAGCCAUUCCACUUUGUUCAGAUGUUGAAAUCAAGUGGCCUACCUUAUUUCUCAGAAUGAAAACAAGUUGCCAAUUCCUUAUAUCAUUGUUUUGUACUUAUUGGACAUUUAUAAAACACAGUCAUCCAAACAGCUAGUAUAACAAUCUUUAUUUGACUAAAAUGCUGCUAGCGAUACGUGGUACCAUAAUGCGCGCGCGACAAACUUUACAUUCAUUUUGUAGAAUUAAUGUUCAUUGGUACAUCCGUUUUAGUAGUGUCUGCUCUGCUCGAAAUUUGAGGAGUUGAAACAAACCGGGUAUGGUUCGAAAGGUUAACUUCUCCUCUAUUACAGUAAAAUAAUGUAUCCAUGUGUUUCGUUGUCCAUAUGACCGAUUCUGUUGAACCAAACAUCAAAUGCAAAUAGCGAGUUGAAACCGUUUGUCUGAGAGGAAGAAGUGAUCUCUCAUCUUGGUUGUUGUGAGUGGUAGGGGGAGGGGCUUGGGGGAAAGAGGCGAAGCGAGAGGUUUCACUCUUGCUAAAAUCUGUCAAAAAUAUUUUGAGCCUUGUCGCCUGCCUUCCCGCCUUUGGAACAAUGACUCCCAUUGUUAGGGCGGAGACAUGAGCAUCUCGUCAUUAUAUACAGAUCUCUGGUGUAAAUGGGAAGGUGCACAGCACAGAAGGAGCGAACGAGUCGAGACCAAAAAGACAACAUGAGAACAAGCCGACAUAAACUCUCAUAAAAACGAAAUGAUUAUGAUUCUGCGAUACAGGCAUUUCGAAUAUCGCGCAAGAACAUAAAUUCGAAUGAAUUCGACAUAUCGCCCAGCCCUAAGUUACAGUAUAAUUAAUGGCUGUGAUACGAGAACAGAGGAUGGAUCAACAACAUUGUAGUUAUUCCACAAUCCUAACCUAAUUGACAGAGUGAAAAGAAAGAAGCCUGUACAUAAUACAAAUAUUUCAAAACAUGCAUCCUGUUUGCAAUAAGGCACUAAAGUAAAACUGCAAAAAAUGUGGCAAAGAAAUUAACUUUAUGUCCUGAAUGCAAAGCGUUGUCUUUGGGGAAAAUCCAACACGUCACUGAGUACCACACUUCAUAUUUUCAAGCAUGGUGGUGGCUGCAUCAUGUUAUGGGUAUGCUAGUCAUCGGCAAGGACUAGGGAGUAAAAACAAAAAAUGGAAUAGAGCUCAAGACUUGAAAAUGGUUGUUUAGAAAUUAUCAACAAACAACUUGACGGAGCUUGAAUAUUUUUUUCAAGAAUAAUGUGUCAAUAUUGUACAAUCCAGGUGUGCAAAGAUGUUAGACUUACCCAGAAAGACUCACAGCUGUAAUCGCUGCCAAAGGUGAUUCUAACAUGUACUGACUCAGAUGUGAAUACUUAUGUAAAUGCAAUAUUUCUGUAUUUCAUUUUCAAUAAAUGUGCUAAUAUUUCUACAAACAUGUUUUCACGUUGUCAUUAUGGGAUAUUGUGUGUAGAUGGGUGAGAAAAAGGCACUAAGAGAGUUGGGCCACAUUUUUAAAUUCAGAAUAUUGGUCUAAUUCUAGACAUUCAGUUACAUAGCGUUGUUUAAAUAUUCCCCAUGUAAUGUUAACAUGGCGCUAAUAUGGCUGCCAUAGAAUUUUGUUGUGUCAUGUAAAUGCAUCAUAAUGCAGAAACAUUAAAGCGGCAAUCAGUAGUUAAAACAAUAACAAAGCGUACUCCCCACCACUGUUUCGGUAAAAAGCAAGGGGGAUGGGGCUGGAGAAAUGUAACCACUCUCAAAUUCAAAGAUAGAGCUAUGGAUGCAAGGACUGACCAUCCAUGAUAUCAAAAUGAUAGUUUUUACCAUGUUUUUAGGCUAUACAGUGUUUGUUUACAUUUACUUUGUUUACAAACAGAGUAAAACAAGGUUAUAUUUUGAGUUCUGAUGGGGUACGACAGUUGGAACUAACCUCAUGAUCCAUAUUUUUUUUUAAAUAAAUUAUAUUCUUCAAGAAUCAAUGGGUACAUAAUAUCAUUAUGUCCAAAAAUGGAUGAUUGCCCCUUUUAAUGGCCCAACCAUAGAGAUCCUAUUAAAUUAUUCUAAAUCCUAGUUCUAUGGGCCCAACUCUCUAAAUACAUGGCUCUGGUGUAAUCUAAUCAUAUUUUUCUCUGCUAUAUCGGUAGAAUAUGAAAAAGAAAAUGUAUGGCUGCACAGAAGCCUUCUUGGCUGACAUGAAAUGGAUCUUACACAACUGCAUCAUCUACAAUGGAGGUAGGUCAAAACACAUGUUUAACACGGUUUCCGUACUGUACUGCUUGCUACAUGCUUUGGAAAUAAAACUUGGCUCUUACAAACAUGUUUUUCUGUCUUUUGGUUUUGUUCCAGGAAAUCACAAACUAACAGCGACAGCAAAGGUUGUUGUGAAGAUCUGUGAACAUGAAGUGAGUAUCGUUUUUACAUGAAGACUGAAAUGCCAUUCGGUGGUGUGUUUGUUUUUUUCAGUAUUAUUUCAGUAAUGUGGAAAAUGCUGUUUGUUUCAGGUUAAUGAAAUUGAGGUCUGUCCGGAGUGCUACCUGUCCUCGUGCCAAAAGAGGGACAACUGGUUUUGCGAGCCAUGUGUAAGACAUGUUUCCUCAUCUUAUUUUGGCCAAUAAAUUGUAUGGAUGUAAAUGUUCAUUUUUGUCCUGUGACUUAGGUCACAAUUCGGUUUGUCCUGAAGACAAAUGUAGAUUAGCCUAAAUAUAAUGUUUCAAAUCUCAAAAAUAUUAUUUAAAGCACAGGAAAAGCCAGGAAAAUCUUUGCGAAUCCUAUUCCUCUGUCUGUGUUUAUGCUGUUUUAUCUCACCGUGCCCCUGGUCUGCCCCCCCCUCUCAGGGUCACCCACACCCCCUGGUGUGGGCAAAGCUGAAGGGCUUCCCCUUCUGGCCAGCCAAAGCACUGCGGGAGAAGGACGGACAGGUGGACGCACGCUUCUUCGGACAGCAUGACAGGUGAGCCUUGCUUUUUAAUGAAAGUGGCAGAUGGAAGGGACUUUUCAUAGUUAUUUACUGAAGUACUGUUUGCGUUCGUAUGGUAUUGGACUCUCUGCUUAUCCUACUCCUAACCUGUCUCUCUGUGUUUCUUCUCUGCAGGGCGUGGGUUCCCAUUAACAAUUGCUACCUCAUUUCCAAGGAGAUUCCCUUCUCUGUGAAGAAGACCAAGAGCAUCUUCAACAGCGCCAUGCAGGAGAUGGAGGUCUAUGUGGAGAACAUCCGCAAGAAGUUUGGGGUGUUCAACUACGCCCCCUUCCGCACCCCCUACACGCCCAACAACCAGCUUCAGAUGCUGCUGGACCCGGCCAACCCCGACGCAGGGACCGUGAAGACGGAGAAACCUGACAAGAUGCGCUUCAACUUCGACAUGACCGCAUCUCCCAAGAUGCUCCUGGGCAAGAGCUCUCUGUCGAGCGGGAUGGGGCGGAGGAUCUCUCUGACGGACAUGCCUCGCUCUCCCAUGAGCACCAACUCGUCUGGACACACAGGGUCUGACGUGGAGCAGGAUGGGAUGGAGAGAGGGCCUAGAAACCCCCCAUUCCACUACAGCGCUGGGGAGGAGUCUAUGGACUAUACCGGUAACUAACAUGCUCCUGAAUCUAACACAUCAUAUAACUAACUAAGACAGUAUAGUCACAUUCAAAACACAGGUUAGGACCAAGACUCAAACCAUUUGUGGAGGUUAAAAGUGUUAUGUGUUAUGGCCUCAGCGUCCCCUGCCUCAGUGAAGAUGGGCCAUGCAGGCAGCAUGACGGGCAGCCCCAAGCCCUUUUCCCCUGGUCUGGUGCCCAAACAGGAGAGGGCCCCGGGCACAGGCAGCAUCCUCAACCUCAACCUGGGUGAGUCCCAUCUAACCCAUCCCCUUAUGUAGCACCUUGUCUUGUGCUGUCUGUUUGUUUAAGGCAGGGGAGGGUAAACUACGGCCCGGCGGGAGGUUUGAGUAAACAUUUAUUUUAUUUUAUUUUAUUUAGGGUUAUGAUUGGGAAAUUAUUAUUUAGGGUAAAAAAAAUAAUAAUACACUCCACACGUGAACGUCUAAAACUAUAUAGAAAGUAUGGACAAAUUAUUAUGAACCUAUAUAUUUUCAAAUAACUGCCAUUUUCUGCCCCUCAAAUUGAUUUUGACAAACAAACCGGUCCCCAAAAAAAUCUGUACGGCCCUUCAUUGAAUUUCGAAAUCCCGAUGUGGCCCUCGAGCCGAAAUGUUUGCCCACCCCUGGGUUAGGGGUUAUGUUUUGGUUGAGGUUGAGUUUUAGUGUCAGGGUUCAUAAGGUCAUGAAAAUCCUGGAAAAGUCAUGGAAUUUUUUUUAUGAUGUUCUCCAGGCCUGGAAAAGUUUUUGGAAAAUGAUCAAAUCCGAAAAGGUUUGGAAAGGUCAUGGAAAUGAUUUUAAUAAUUGAUUUUAAUGUAAAUAAUUUAGGCACAGUUUUUUUGAUCAAUCACCUAAAAAUCUACAUAUCAGACAGGAUCGGAAUAUGACACUUCAGUGCGUCUGUGUGUGUGCGCGAGCAUCACCUGCAUGUGUGCGAGUGUGCCUUUCUCAAGGAGAUAGACAGUCAGACAUUGUAGCCCCUCCGUGAUUGCAGCAGUAGGUAGGCCUAGCCUAUAGAAUAUGAUAGAAAACAGACUAAUUGGGUAACCAAUUCAAAACAUAUAUUGUAGCCUGGCUAGUUAUCUCUCUAGUUAACUGUUUAGUUAUUAUUAUUAUUAUUAUUAUUAUUAUGUAUGAAUGUUUUCGUCAUGUCCCAAAAAACUUUCCACCAACACUCGCGAAUAAGGCCAUGCAAAGUGUCAUACAAAUGAUUAAUUUAAACAAUUCUUUUUGACGAAGCAAACGAUUCACUUCGUCAUUGUAUUAGUUAGGGAUUAUGUUUAAUCUUGAUGAAUCUAAUCAUGUGAAUCAAAAUAAUAAUUUGUGAAUUGCGAACAGUAGUUUCAGGAAAAACUAUUAGAUGUAGCCUUUCUUUUGGAUUAUGUGGCUGUAAAACUUGUUUUGUAGAUACUGUACUUCCAGUUGAUUUGGGUAUCCAAUGUAUGGGACAUUGCAACUCAAUAGAUACUAAUCAGCCUGCAAAGUAAUAGAUACUAAUCAGCCUGCAAAGUAAACACUUCUAAGGUAGCUAAAAUAAAUAUGACUAAACUAGAAAAGGUACAUUUCCUGCAGAAAAUGUGUGGGCUAGUUUCAGCAGAAUAUAAAGAUUUGUAGCCUACCAUAGCCAUUUGAUCUUUGAUAUAUUGAAUGAGCACAUUAUUUUAUAAAGGCAUAAAACGUAUUUGGUUGUAAAGUUGCAAUGUUUUACAUCAAGGGUGGUCAACCAUCCUCCAGGAGAACUACUGGGUGUGCAGGCUUUUGUUCCAGUCCCCCUGUAACAAAACACAUUUUAGAAAUGAGCUGCUCAACCGGACCUUGAUAAACUGACUUUCAUGUGUAUGAUCCAGUAGCUCUCCAGACUGAGGGAAAGGGGAUACCUAGUCAGUUGCACAACUUAAUGCAUUCAACCCAAAUGUGUCUUCUGCAUCUAACCCAACCCCACAGGUUGACCCCAUGUGUUUUAUUCAGUUGCCUAAUAGGUAUUCUACUUGGUGGGGGGGUUAAGUGCCUUGCACAACAACAGGAAAUGGUACAUGGGAUCAGAGAGCAGCUUCCCAGUGUCGAUACCACAUAUAUGCUUACUUCUAUUUGGUUAAAAGUCAUGGAGAAGUCAUGAAAUUCCAUCUGUCAAAAUGUGUAUGAAGCCUGUAGUGUUUGUCACAGAUCGUGUGAAGGCUGAGAUGGACCUGAAGGAGCUCAGUGAGACAGUACAGCAUCAACAACAACAACAGGCGUCAUCACUCCUCCUCACCACCCCCAAGAGACCCAUCAGGAGCCUGGACAAGACCAUCGAGAGCUGCAAGGCCCAACUAGGUACACACAUACACUCACCCACACCAUUCAGGAAUUGUGUCUAGAGCAGGGAUUGGCAACUCCUGUCCUCUGGGCCGGAGUGGUGUCACCCUUUUUCCCCAUCCCUAGCAAACACAGCUGAUUUAAACUAAUUGCAUUAUAAACUGAAGAUCUUGAUUAUUGGAGUCGGAUGUGUUAGCUGGGGCUGGGGCAAAAGUGUGACACCAAUCAUGUCCCAGAGGACUGGAGUUGCCCCGUCCCUGAUCUAGAGGGACACAUUUGAAGGCCUAUAAAUGAUACGCUCAUGUUCAUCAUGUAUUAAUACUAUGAUUUAUAUGUUGUUUCUUUGUCCCUGUGCAGGCAUUGAUGAGAUCUCUGAGGACGUAUAUAAGGGUGUGGAACACAGUGACUCUGAGGAUUCCGAAAAGUCAGACUCCAGCGACAGCGAGUACCUUAGCGACGAGGAGCACAGACCGAAGAGCGCCGCCCAUGAUGACAAGGACAAAGCAGAGAGGGAGUCGAGGAAGAGGCCCAAGGCGAGCACACAGGGAGAGGACAAGGGGGCAGUCACAGGGACCAGGGAUAAAAAAAACUCUGAAGCCCUGCUCAAAGACAGACAGGGCAGCAAUGGUCUAGAGAGAGACUCCCAGGAGAAGCCCAUGAUGCCCCAGACUCAGUCCCCCACAGACAGGCCCAAGGCCCCAGAGGAGGGGAGGGCAGGCGCACCCCGGGCCCUUGCUGGCCCAGACCAGGACUCCGACUCAGAGAGGGAGCUGGUGAUUGACCUGGGUGAUGAGCAGGGGGGCAGAGACCGUAAGAGGGCCAGGAGGGAGCCAGGGGCUGUAGACGCUAAAGCCACGAAGGAGCCCCUUGGCACCAAGCUGGAAGGUGAGGGCUCAUUUCAUGUCUUGUUUCUUUUGUUUUGUGUACUCUAGUUGCUUCUUAUGAUAAUGUUUUGAGCGACUGAGGCCUAAAGGCUCAUCAGAAAGGAGGAAAAUACUGGUUGUUCUGUCUUUAUUUAAUCUUAUGUAUUUUUUCUCUGACCAGGCAAAUUCCCCACCGCAGUGACCCCCUCUCUAGCCUCCGCCACCUCAUCCAACCCCAAAGACCCCAGUCAGCCCCUCAUCAACCCCACACUCAACCUGUCCUCCAGCACAGGCUCUGGCCAGCCCAACACGGCCUUCACCACCACCCCUGCAGCCCCGACCCCAGCCCCCACCCUCUCCUCCACAGCUGCCUCAGCCCAGUCGGCAGUGAAGAAACAGCGCCCCCUGCUGCCCAAAGAGACGGCUCAGGCAGUGCAGAGGGCAGUGGUGUGGAACCCUGCCAACAAGUUCCAGACGUCCUCACAGAAGUGGCCUGCACAGCAGGAGGAGCAGCCGGCUGGGCCAACCCAGACACAGGUUCCUGUUCCGGUCCAGGCUCCAACCCAGACGCAGGCACAGACACGCAGCCCACAACAGCUCCAGUCACAGCAGCAGUUGCAGGCAUCCUCCAGUACACGUUACCAGACCAGACAGGCAGCAAAAGGUACAUAGAAACUCAGAGUCCACUAAACACAACUCCACAACAUCUGUAAACACAUACACAUUCAUCUCAUCUUAGUUCAUAUGAGCUGAAAUGUAGUUUUCUUUCAUUCCUCAUCCCUCUUUUCUUCUGUGGUUUGCAGCUGUGCAGCCUAAAGAUGGUCCCCAGACCUCCACCUCAUCAGUUACCUUGGUCACCUCUGGUUCCUCCUCCUCCUCUUCCUCGUCUUACCUGGCAGCAGACUUCCAGAUCCCCACAGCUUCAGCAGAUGUGGCAGCUGACAUCGCAAAGUACACCAGCAAAGUGAGUUAGCCUGAUGCUAUAUGUCUAAACAGAAUAAAUAGAUAGAAACUUUACAGGGGAAAGUUUAUAGAUUCACAGAUGAUAUUUGUGUUAUAUUGAUAUGGAAAGUUACCUGUCUGUGAUCAAUCUGUGAGUUGUAAUAAUCUCAUCUGAUCAGAUGAUGGACACGAUAAAAGGGACGAUGACAGAAAUCUACAACGACCUUUCCAAAAGCACUUCAGGAAACACGAUCGCAGAGGUGAGUGCUGGUGAAGAGACUUUUGGUUGAGUCUAUAACAUAAGUUCACUUCUCUCUCCUGUCUCACUGCAUUGUGAUAACUGUUGAACAUUGUAAGCGACUGUAAGUCGCUUUGGAUAAAAGCGUCUGCUAAAUGGCAUAUUAUUAUUAUUAUUUAACAUUUCUGCCCAGAUCCGGCGGCUGAGGAUAGAGAUCGAAAAGCUUCAGUGGCUACAUCAGCAAGAGCUGUCGGAGAUGAAGCACAAUCUUGGUUUGUUAUACUUGCCCUUUCCUUAAAAAUAUACACAUCUUUUAGGUUGGUAUCAUUGUGAGUGUUCAAAACAAUAAGAACACCUUCCUCAUAUUGAGUUGCCCUCAGAACAGCCUCAAUUCGUCAGGGCAUGGACUCUACAAGGUGUCUAAAGCGCUCCACAGUUGACUCCAAUGCAAGUUAGCUGGAUGUCUUUUGGGUGGUGGAACAUUCUUGAUACACACGGGGAACUGUUAAGUGUGAAAAACCCAGCAGCGUUGCAGUUCUUGACACAAACCGGUGUGCCUGGCACCUACUACCAUACCCCGUUCAAAUCUUUUGUCAUUCAACCUCUGAAUGGCACACAUACACAAUCCAUGUCUCAAUUGUCUCAAGGCUUAACAAUCCUUCUUUAACCUGUCUCCUCUCAUUCAUCUACACUGAUUUUGAAGUGGAUUUAACAAGUGACAUCAAUAAGAGAUCAUAGCUUUCACCUGGAUUCACCUGGUCAGUCUAUGUCAUGGAAAGAGCAGGUGUUCCUAAUGUUUUGUACACUCAGUGUACUGUAUGUUUGUCUUUGUCAGCCAAUUAAUGUGUGUAUGAGAUGGACUUCAUAUCUGUAUUUCUAACAUUUUAAUAAUGCAUGUGUGUGCAUUAUAGCUGUGUGUGUAAUAUACUAAUUCAAUGCAUGUGUUGUAAGAAUUUUAUAAAACACAUGCAUAGUACACAUUUUUAUAUUCAUUCAUUAUAUUCGAUAAAGUGAAUUCUAUUCAUAGAUUUUCUAAAUGUGUCAUGUCCUAUAGAGCUGACUAUGGCGGAGAUGAGGCAGAGUCUGGAGCAGGAGAGGGAGCGUCUGGUGGCGGAGGUGAAGAAGCAGAUAGAGGUGGAGAAACUGCAGGCGGUGGAUGAGACCAAGAAGAAGCAGUGGUGUGCCAACUGCAGGAAGGAGGCCAUCUUUUACUGCUGUUGGAACACCAGCUACUGUGACUACCCCUGCCAGCAAGCCCACUGGCCAGAACACAUGAAGUCCUGCACACAGUCAGGUAUUAUAAUAAUAAUAAUUUAGUUAUUAAACACACAAAAUACGUAAUUUGCACCAAAAAUGUCCUGUGCACCAACAUUUCUGACAAACCCCACUCCUCUCCAGGGUUUUUUCUGGAUCAUAAAGGGGUUUAGUUGGUGGGCAUGGCGGGGGGCGUGGCAAUGAGCGCAGUCUGCCAUUGGCACAGCUACAUUUUAGAGAACAUUUGAGGCCCCCGUCUUGGCGCUGUAGAGACAUUUUUGCAUUUCUAAGCCAAUUUCCUGCAAUUUUUACAAAUCUCUCCAUAGAGCUGAGAUUUCUUUUUGCAGUUUUAAAACUAAUUUCCUGCAAUGUUACAUAUUCUGGCACAGAGCUGAGAGUAAAUGUUGCAGUUUUCAAGCUAGUUUCCUGCAAUUCUAUGUAUUUUUACAUGGAUAAUGCUGUGUAACUAAAUUAAUACUAUUAAAUUAAUUGUUUUAGGAAUUUAAUUCUCCCUGACUGUCUAGUUUUUAUUUUGGUGAUUGUUAAUUCUCAAAGGUUCAAAAAAUAUCUAUAUUUUUUUACACUGUUUGGACUUGCGUGACCCGAAAAAAGUCUUAGGAGGCCCACCCAAGGAUUACAAUGUCAGAAAAGUCCCUGCUCUCGCACAAACAAAACCAUACACAUCGUCUUUCUCUGUAUUUUACUAUCUGAACUUGUUUCAUGUCCUCCUCCCUCUGUUCCGACAGCAACAGCUUCUCAGCAGGAACCAGAGGUGGAGUCAACCUCUGACCCCUCAGCCAAACCACCAGGUCACUCCUCCAGCGACCAGCCCCCCUCUGGUACAGCAUCUGCCCCCACAGACAAAGGCCCCUCUCCUACCUGCAGCGUGGACAAGUGCAAGGACAAUGCCUGUGUUACUGUGCCCUAA